AUGACUUGCAAUAGUUUUAUUAUUAUUAUUUUUUUAUUAUUAUUUAUAAAUAUUUUCGAAGGGAGACAAACGGAUAAUGUUGAAUGUUUUUUACGCGAUUACGGUAAUGAUAAUAAAGUUUGUGUGUGUAAUGCAACUCAUUGUGAUGUUAUCAAUUCCAUUCCACCUUUUCCUUCACGAAAAUUUAACAUGUACGUAUCUGAUAAAAAUGGUUUGAGAUUUUCAUACAGUAGAAAAAAUUUUGCACGAUGGAUGAAUCCAAAAUCCAUUAAAAUUACAGUAAAUUCCAGUGAAACUUAUCAGAAAAUAAUUGGAUUUGGUGGUUCGCUAUCAGAUGCGGCUGCAAUUAAUAUAAAUUCACUUAGUGAAGAUGCAAGAAAUCAUUUUUUAUUCUCAUAUUUUUCAAACAAGGGUAUAGAAUAUAAUUUAUUAAGGUUACCCAUCGGAGGAAAUGAUUAUUCAAACAGACCAUAUACUUUGGAUGAUGUAGAUAAUGAUGUAUCAUUAACUUAUUUUAAACUUUCUCAUGAAGAUUUCAACUUGAAGAUUCCCAAUUUGUUAAAAAUAAUGAAUGUGAGCGAUAAAGAAGUUCAAAUAGUGGGUACUGCUUGGACGGCUCCACCAUGGAUGAAAACAAAUAACGAUUACACAGGAAUUGGUACUCUAAAAGAAAAAUAUUACUCAUUGUGGAGUAAAUAUUUUAUUAGAUUUUUAGAAGAAUAUGAUAAAUUCGGUUUAAAAGUUUGGGGAAUCACUACCGGUUAUCAACCUUUUACUGGUCUCAUACCAUUUUAUCCUCUUAAUUGCAUGGGUUGGACUCCACUUUCGCAAACUCACUGGAUUUUUCAAAAUUUAGGACCUGAUCUUAGAAAUUCUAAAUUUAAUAAAACAAAUAUUAUCAUUUUGGAUGAUUCUAGAUUUUUUUUACCCUGGUGGCCAAAAUUAGUGUUUAAAAAUCAAAAAACAAAAGCUUACGUGAAUGGAAUCGGUGUUCAAUGGUACUGGAAUUUCUUAUUUCCAUCUCGUUUAUUAGAUUUAACACAAGCUGAAUUUCCAGAUAAAUUUAUCAUAAGCACAGAAGCUUCUUUUAAUAAAUGGAAAGGCACAACUUCUCCAUUGAUUUUAGGUUCCUGGGAAAGAGCAGAAGAAUAUGCUGAAAGUAUUAUUGAAGAUUUAAAUCAUUGGGUAUCUGGUUGGAUGGAUUCAAAUUUAGCAUUAGAUUUAAAAGGUGGACCGAGUUGGGCUAAAAAUUUUGCAGAUGCUGCUAUUAUUGUCAAUGGUACUGGAAAUGAAUUUUAUAAACAGCCAUUGUUCUAUGCAAUGGGUCAUUUUUCAAAAUUUAUACCAAAAGAUUCGAUUAGAAUUGAUUUAAAAAUAUCUAAAUCUGUAAUAAAAGCGAUUGGAUUUCGAACACCACAGAAAAAUGUAGUUAUCAUUAUUGUUAACAAGAAAACUUAUGAUGUUCCGAUAACAAUUUUAGGAGCUAAAAAGGGUAAUGCAAAUUUUUUCUUACCAAAAAAAGCUAUAAUAACUGUAAUUUACAGGGAUAAAAAAAAUUUUUUUCAUAAAUGUUUGUCGAAAAAUUGUAAAAAUUAA